ACAAUUUACAGGUCAUGCUUCCUUCGUUAUAAACACACGCGGUCAGUUAACAGUUAACACGUAUGAGAUAAGGAGAGAAGUCGUCGGAAGUUGAAAACUUAACUAGGUCUAGAAACUUCACCGGCCCGGAGAGAAAUAAUGGGGCGGAGGAAGCUCGAAAUAAAGCGGAUCGAAGAUAAGAGUAGCAGGCUAGUGACGUUUUCGAAGCGGAGAACGGGAUUAAUUGAGAAAGCACGGCAGCUUUCCGUGCUCUGCGACGUCGAUGUCGCCGUCAUCAUAUUCUCCGCCGGCGGCAAGCUGUAUGAAUUCAGCAGCGGCUGUACUGCUAACAGUGUGGAGCAUAUUCUGGCUAGGUAUGAAGCAGAAAACAGAAGCAUGAAAGGAGAUGGCCAAGAUUCAGAACUUCCAUUGAAGUGCACAAAAUUCAGAACAUGUAAAGAGCUUCUACAAAUGGUGGACAGGCUUGUUGAAGAGAAUAAUAAUAACAAGGACCUCCCUGUGGUUGAGAUGACACAACUUGAAGAAGAACUUGAUGCUGCUCUUAUGCAUAUAAGGUCAAGAAAGACACAGUUGAUGAUGGAGUACGUAUCCACCCUCCAACAACAGGAGAAGGAUUUAAUCAAAGAAAAGGAAGAAAUCUUACACCAGAUUGCAUCAGCGAAGCAUGUGUUUGGGAUUGAGGGUGGAGGUCUGAACAACGACCUUUCAAUUAACCCAAUGGAUUCGCCGCAACAUUUGACUCUCCCUCUUUUUAUUACCUAAUCCCUGGCCUCUUCAAUUUUAAUUUCAAUUUCAUCCUUGCAAUUGCAAAUUAGAUUCAGAUGUUUACAAUGGGAAAUAUAACAUAAGCCGAUGACAAUAAUAAUCCGAUGAAAUAUGUUGAUUGUGUUUAUGUGACUUUACUGUGUUUGUUUGUGUGUGACUACUAGAUACUUAUGUAUCUCGGUAAACCGUAAUCGAGUGCCUCACGUUGAAGCAAGCAGUUUUUAAGGUUAUAAAGUUUGGGUUUUGAAUUU